UCACUGCACCACAUCUCCAUCGCGCGCCCUUGGAAAUCUCGCGGUGUUCUCGCGGUGCCACAGCGCCUGUAUUUCUCUGCUUUUCUUCUGCGCGCUCACACUGAAAGCCAUAAGUUCGCUGUCAGUUCAGCAGCAGGACCUUAGGGGAGAAAUGGCUCAGAGAAAGGUCGCUCUCGCGCUUGCAGGACUUUACAUCCUGCUUUGUCAAGUCUGGGCCAAGUUGGAGGUCAGCAUGGAAGACAGGGUAGAGGUGUUCCUGGAUGAUGUGGCAGAGAUCCCAUGCAUAUAUGAAAUAAAUGGAUCUUCCAGUUCACCGACGAUACAGUGGUUUGUGAAAUCAGUUGGUCGCAACAAAGAGCGACUCUACCAGAAAGACGACAGCGGGGCGAUUGUCGAACGGGGCACGGGUUUCUCAGGGAGGAUCAAUGUCUCUUACUCUCAGGAAGGCAUGAUGAGAAGCUCUAUUCUGACAAUCAAUGCUGUACGAGUCACUGAUGCACGAGAUUUCAUCUGCCAAGUGAACACGGAGGGAAGCAUUGAAGAGGGACGCACACAACUUCUAGUGUUCAAUGCUCCAUCUUUCCCUAUUAUUGAAGCGGAAACUUAUGCCUCAGUUGAUGAGACUCUGAACAAGAUUGCAACCUGCGAGGUCAGUAAUGGUUACCCUACCCCCAAGAUCACAUGGUACAAAGGCAGAGCUCCUUUAUACUCCUCAGAUGAUGUCGAUGUGAGGAACAGACUGACUGUAAAUUCCAACAGCUUGUACUCAGUACACAGUGAGCUGUACCUUACAGUAGAAAAGGAGGACAUAGGUGCACAAUUCUACUGCGAGGUCACCUACUUUGUUCCUGGGGCAGAGAAAAUGAUAGAAUCCAAACGGAUCAACAUCACAGUUCACUAUCCAACAUCGAAAGUUACAGUGUUCCAGGAUUCCCCAGAGCACCUGGUUAAAGAAGGUGACCGUGUAGAAAUAAGAUGUGAAGGAGACGGGAACCCUCAGCCAGUCAAAUCCUUCACGCACAACAAUGAAGAGCUUAUCAACUCAUUUGAGAAUAUGGUGGUCUUGCAUAACGUGACUCGACAAGAUAGCGGCUUAUACGAAUGCAGCAGUUUGGAUACAACAACUUACGAAAGCAUCGUAGGCAACUUGACCCUUAUGGUGCACUAUUUGGAUCCUGUUGUGAUCACUCCUGAGAAUCCAUAUAGUCUGGAUGAAGGACAGGAUCUGUCUCUGACCUGCAAUGCCCUUUCCUCUCUGUCCACACAUGCAUUUUGGUACAAGGACGAUGUGCUGUUGGAGGAAGGCAAUGUGCUGACGUUACACAACACCUCCUUUGACACAGCAGGGAAAUAUCUUUGUGAAGUUGUGGCACUUGAGCUUCCUGAGUUAAAGAGAAACAGCUUUGUGCACGUCAGUGUACGAGGAAAGCCGACGAUCACAGAGGGCGUGGAGGUGAUUCCUCUGGACACAGAAAAGGCCAUCAAUGUGAGCUGCCGUGCAACAGGACAUCCGACUCCCACCAUCCAAUGGAGUCUCUCCGAUGAACAAGCUCAGCUGGGAAGAUGGGACACCAGGACGGAGAACAGUGUCCUCAGUGUUAUUUCCAUCAGCACCACUUCUGACAUCAGAGCGUCCUGUAAGGCCACUAAUGCCCUGGGCACAACCGAAACCUCACGACAAAUUCAAGCCAUUCAAAUGAAACAAACAACAACAACAACAACAACAACAACAGCAAACGCAACAACCACAACAACAACCACAACAAGAAGUAAUACAACUGGGACGAUGGUGGCAGGAACAGCCAACCCGAAAAAAAUCAAAAAAGGGGGAAAUGGAUACAUCAUUGCAAUCAUCAUCAUUUUCAUCCUGCUGCUGGCCGUCUUGGGCAGCGUGCUGUACUUCAUGUACAAGAAGGGCAAGAUCGCAUGCGGACGCUCAGGGAAACAAGAUCUCACUAAGGAAAAGGCCAGUAGCGACGACAUCGUUGUGGAGAUGAAGAGCAGCAAAUCGGAGGAAGCAGUGCUUCUACAAGGAGUCAAUGGAGAUAGAAAGACUUCCAGAGACCAGUGAGGCGAACGGAUAAGCAGAGAAGACGAGCCGCUUGCAGUCUCCCAUGUUACUACGCUCUCUCAGCUCUUUCAGGAUGAGUCCCUGAACGUUUCCCCUCUACAGGACUACAACGUCGAAUCCUCCCGUGAGCUGGAACACGAUCCUGUGUCAGGUCCACCAACUCACUUCUGCCUCUACAAAUUUAAACCUCUUUCUUUUCCCUUUUUAAACAGGCCUCACUGUCCAUUAAGAACAGUCUGCUUUCUAGGUUCUACAUCAUGUAUAUAUAAAAUAAUGUACAUAUGUAGUUAUUUAUAAUCAUUUUGACAAAACCUAAGGUGUUUGUGCGACCGAAUGAAGUCCUCAUUGUGCUCAACUAAGAUUCGGGUGACAGACCUCGGCCGAACGGUCCACCGUUAAGUGUCCGAGUCUUUGUUUUGUCUGUUUAAAUCGCUCUCACUGCUGCCUCACUGUAGUCUGUGCACUGAAGCUCAAAGCUGCCGUUCACUGCUGUGCUGAUCCAACACUGUAAAUGCUUCACCUGCUGCCUCCAACAAUACUUCAUCACUGAGAAAAAAAUCUGUUCUAUCAACAUUUUUUUUUUUUUUUUUUUUUAAAUCUAGUCUUUAUAAAACUAUGUACAUGGUUUAUGCUCAAAGGAAAACUUUCACAACGAAAUAUGAAUAUACUAUAUAUGCAUAAUCUGACCUGCUAAGAGGAAUACACACUGUCCACUUUAUUAGGAACAUCUGUACACCUGCUCAGUUAUAUAACCAGCCUAUCUGGCAGCAGCAUCCAUGCCACAGAUAUAAGCAGAGAUCAGACUUUUUUUUUCUUCAUUUUGAUUUGGGAUAUGAGCGUUAACUGAAGCGCUUGGCCUGUACCUGCAUGGUUUUAUGUACUGUGCUGCUGCAACAUGACACUAAUACACAGUACAUUAAAUAUCUGCUUAAGUAAGCAGGUGUACAGGCGUUCCUAAUAAAGUCGACUGUGUAUAUGAAUUCAGCAUAUAAUUAAUAUGCUGAGGCCCUUAUAAGUUUCUUUCUGAUGUUCAUGAGCUGUUGUUUUUUUAUACUGAAUUUAUGAAUUGUAAUUUUGGCCAACAAACAAGGUUGGCCAUUUAGUUUCAUAACUUUUCUUAUUUUUAGUUAAAAAUUAAGCAAAAGGGCACAACUAGUUUACACUUUAUUCUUUGCCAAAGUAAAAGCAUAACCAAAGGCACAACAUAUUACAAAUACCAGUUUUGUAAACAGCUCAAGUGCAAAUAAUCUCAAAAUAUCAUCUCAUUUUUUUUGUGUACAUCGCAAGUACAAUCCGUGCCUUAUUACUGAAUUGAUGUUUGACCUUAAACCCCCUCUUUCCCCUUCAAGUGAUUAAAAACAUUGUCCUUUAAAAAUGGUUUCCUUUCUGUUCAUUGAUCACCGAAACAAAGUCUGGGUGAAAACUUCUGGAGGGAAAAACUAAAAGAAAACAAACAAACAAAAAAAAAAGGUGCAAUUAAAAUACAAAACAUAAGAUCAACUCUAGUAUUCUUUCAAAAUGGCUUUAAUAACAUAGAAAUUCAAAAUCUGUGACUUUAUUAUGAAGGGAGGAUCUCUGGGUUGGAGUACAUCAACAUUAAUAAAUAUUAUUAGUCUUUCUUUCUUGACAAAAGGAAACAACACACCAGCGAUUAGGAGAGGGAACGUGUCCUAUUUCAUUUGCACUUGAAUGCUUUCCAGUUUUCCAGCUCUGCAAAUAAUCGAGUUUUACCUGUAGUUCAUUUCUUACUAUUACUCAUUACUAUCUCUAAAUGUGUAUAUUUGUUUGCCCAAUACUGCAUGUAUGUGUGUACAAUAAAAAUGUCUGUAUUUUCCUACAACAUAUCCAAACUUAUUUGGCUUUGACCUGAAUAAAAUACAACAAAAACUUAAA